AUGGAGAAGUUUAUACUUGCUUACCGUAUCAGAAUGCUGUGGUGCAUCAGUCCUGUGGAAGACCUAUUUACAAUUUCCAAAAUUGUUGUGCUGCCUGGAGAAGGGAUUGUUUCAGUUGAGAAACGUUUGUCGCGUGAACAAGAUGAGCAUCAGGUUUGUGGAGUAAAUGCAGUACGAACGAAAAAUUUCCGCUAUUUUCUUGAGACUUCUGUAUUCGGUCUGCUCCAUAUUGCCACGCACAUCACGCUCCCAAGCAACAAAAAACCUAAUUUCACUGUAUGGAUUACGCGGUCUUCGCCGGAGACAGGUGCCAUAAGGUCUGCUCGCACACCAUUUGUUGUUGUGUCGAUAGGAAAUGAAGAGCCGCCUGAUUACGUGCUUCUUCCAUUCAUGAACGUCAAAUCUUCGAUGACUUCCAAAUCAGCUCAAGAAGUGCAAUCUGUUGUACCACAUGAAGGCAAAAAACGAGAUGAAAAGGAAAUUGAAGUUGCCAUGGACAGCCUAGGACUCGGCGAGGUGACAAAA